AUCUUAAACAACAAUGACUAAUGAGCCACAGAAAAUAAAAUAAACAUUAUUUACUGUUAAAUUAUUUAACAAACAACUUCAAUAGCAUCUCACCACUAUCAUCAAAUAAGGUUGUAUUAAAUUACGUGUAUUAAGUGUAUAAAUAAAGAUAUGAGCGAAUGCUUUAAGACUACCGACCUAGAUAGUGUAUAUUUAUAGACCUUUGCGACGUGAUUUGUGUACUUUGCAAACAACUCUUCGAACAGGUACACUGUUAGUGCAUGCAUCAACUAACAAACGUCUUACAUAUCGCAAUAAACUAGUUAGCAAAGAAACAAUAUUAAAAUGUCCGACAGUGGAGACAGCGAUAUAGCAUGGACAUUCUAUAAAGACAGACCAGAAUGGAGUGACAUCACACCAGUCCCUGAGGAUGACGGGCCUACGCCAGUGGUCGUUAUCGCUCAUUCAGAAAAAUUUGAAGAUGUGUAUAACUACUUCAGAGCUGUGCUGCAGAAAAAUGAAAUUUCAGAAAGAGCAUUGCAUCUCACUAAGGACGCUGUUGAACUCAAUCCAGCUAACUACACUGUGUGGCAAUAUAGGAGAGAUUUACUAAAGGAAUUAGGUGCUGAUCUAAGAUCUGAACUAGAUUAUGUGGAAUCUGUUAUAAAACAGUCACCAAAGAAUUACCAAGUUUGGCAUCAUAGGCGUGUGCUUGUAGAAUGGUUGCAAGACUCAUCCUUAGAACUAGAACUAACUGGAGAUGCCCUGCUACAAGAUCCUAAAAAUUACCAUGCUUGGCAACAUAGACAAUGGGCCAUGAAGACAUUUGGACUAUUCGAGAAUGAGAUGGAUUUCGUAGACAACCUAAUAACUGACGACGUUCGCAACAACUCCGCGUGGAACCAGCGCUAUUUCGUGAUGAACAAUCACCUCGGCUGGUCGGACCUCAAUGUGCAGAAGGAGAUAUGUUACACUUUGGAAAAGAUUAAGUUUGUCAAAAACAACGAAAGCGCCUGGAACUAUCUAAGAGGUGUUUUGCUGCAUGAUAAACGUGGAUUAGGUGGCAACGCGGUUGUGCUGUCUUGUUGCGAGGAGUUGUAUAAAAACAGAUGCCGAUCUCCAUAUCUGAUGGGUUUCAUCAUCGAUAUAUGUGAUGAAGCCAUCAAGAAAGGUGAGACAAACAGUAUUUAUUGUGCCGAUCGAGCUAUAGAAUUGUGUCAAGCCUUGGCCACUAAGUAUGACAAAAUCAGAUCUAAGUAUUGGAAUUACUUGAGUGAGAAUUUCAAGAAGGCAAAGUAUAUAGAAAACGGUUCGGCGAACAAUAUUCAUGUGUGAUUUUCUUGAAAAGGUAUGACUUUCUUUUAGUUCACCUAGUUUUCUUUUAAAGCCAUGUUUUACUGCACGCAAUUUUUGGAAAUUGUAAAAAAACUGUGUAGUUUACUUAAAUUCUGAAGUCUAUAUUAUGUUGGUUUGUUAUACAUUGAAAUAUAUUAUAAGUAUCAAGG